AUGUGGCCACUCAAAGGUUCGUCAUCGUCCAAGGAGAAUGAAGGAGACAGAAAAUCCAUCGCCAGGGCACAGUGGCCAUCAAGCACUCCAAUGCAAAAUGUCUAUCGAACCCCUGCACAAGAGCGCGGAACAAAAUCUAGGCUGCAGCAUAGUGAGCCAAUUCAAGAUACUGCUGAAAAUCCGUUCCUGGCUACAAGCCUAUGGCGUAACUCAGGAAGCGGGUCCUUUCCCACGCCGGCGUCUUCUAUCGGUGAUUCCUCUUCGCCCCUAGCACCGCGGGGUAGUGAAUUGAAGAGAUUCAAAUCUUUGUUUGGACAUGAAGGUGGACGAUCAGUGAGCCAAGAUUUUGAUAGCUAUGGGAAACCCCGUGGUGGUCUCGGGGACGGUAUCGCCCUUGAUCCGACGGGAGGUUUGCAAGGCGGCCCAGGUCAGAGUUACUGGCAUGGUGCUACGGAGAGACAAAACUCGUACGACCGCAAUGCAGCCUAUCCCCGGCAAGGCAAUUUCACUGGGGACAUGGACCUUGACAUCUCUCUAGACGCUGCUAGUUUUAUGAAUUUAGACCAGGAACCUACCAUGGGAGGUGAAAUGGGUACCGAGCGCUUAGAAAUGUAUGACGAUUUUGGAACUAUAGCUUCUGACUUUGAUACCCAACACCCUAGUGGUCUCAUCCUACCCGGGAAAGGGGGACCAGCGACUCGUUCCUUCAACGCUGAAAGGCCGAACCUCUCACCAACGUACCAAAAAGGGACAUCGCAGCACGCACAAGAGCAACGGAGCUCUCUCCAUUCCCAAUAUCAAAUGAACUUUGUAGAUACUCCCACGCGGCGAAAUGCACAGCAACUCGCUCAAGCAGGUGGAUCACCUUCCUUCGGCAGGUCAGAUCCGGCUCGUACCCUUGCGUAUAAUUAUAGAGCUGCCGGGCCGGUGGCUUCGGGGAUCCCGCUAAAGCCUGUGGCUGACAUGCCGGACAAAUUUCGAAGUUUGUUUCCGUUUCCAUAUUUUAACGCUGUUCAGUCCCAUUGUUUUGAAUUGGCUUUUAGAUCGGACAGAAAUCUCGUCGUUAGUGCUCCUACUGGUUCGGGCAAAACCUGUAUUAUGGAAUUAGCUAUUUUACAUCAGCUCUCGCAACCUGACGGCGAUAAUGCUAAAGUUGUGUAUAUGGCACCAACAAAGGCUCUAUGUAAUGAAAGGACAAAAGACUGGCAGCAGAAAUUUCGCACCUUAGGAAUUAGCUGUAACGAGCUUACGGGAGAUACAGACAAUCUGCGAACAUAUGAGAUACAACGAAGUAAUAUCAUUGUUACGACCCCGGAGAAAUGGGACUCAAUGACGAGACGAUGGCGUGACUAUAAGAGCUUGAUGGGAUUACUUCGCUUGAUCAUGAUUGAUGAGUGUCAUUGUCUGAACGAACCCGGAAGGGGUGCCACCCUUGAAGUCGUCGUCAGUCGAAUGAAGACUGUUAACCUGGAGCUCCAACGUGACAGCAAGAACAGACCACAUUUCGCCAGCAGGCUGAGGCUUCUCGCUCUCUCUGCCACAGUACCCAAUAUUCAAGAUAUUGCCGCGUGGCUAAAGCACCCCGACCAUUCCCCAGCUGAAGUUCGGGUCUUUGGAGAAGAGUUUCGACCCGUGCAGCUUCAAAAGGAGGUGUUUGGUUAUUAUUCGAACAAUAACAACUACUUUUCAUUCGAGAACAGCUUGGAUUACAAACUUAUAGAAGUCAUCGGACGAUACUCCCAUAACAAGCCUACUCUUGUGUUUUGUGCUACUCGCAAAUCGGUCAUCAAUGCCACCGACAGACUUGUAAAGCAUUGUAGCGAAUUAAUGCAUGCGACGGGAAAUUACGGGCCCAUGCAUCCCUUUGUAAAGACCAGACAAAUUUCAGAACGCUUGAAAGAAAUUAAAGCCAAGUUGUCAGAUAAAAAACUAGCUGAGCUCGUGGUGCACGGCGUUGCUUUUCAUCACGGAGGCUUAAACUACGGUGACCGUCAUCUAAUAGAAUCGUCGUUCUUGAAGGGUGCCAUAUCAGUUGUCUGUGCGACCUCUACCUUGGCCGUUGGAGUCAACUUGCCCGCCCAUCUUGUGAUAAUAAAGGGAACGAAGCAAUACGUGGGUAAUCAGUACACUGAGUAUAGCGAAUUGGAUAUCAUGCAAAUGUUGGGUCGAGCCGGUAGACCGCAGUUUGACGAUAGCGGUGUUGCCGUGAUCAUGACGACAGUGGAGGACAGGAAGAAGUAUGAGGAUAUGGUGACCGGAAGGCAAAUCAUUGAGAGCAGCCUUCAUGAAAAUCUCAUUGAGCACCUGAAUUCGGAAGUUGUCCUGGGAGCAAUCAAAAGCGUAGAUCUUGCUAUCGAAUGGCUUCAAUCAUCCUUUCUUUAUGUGAGGAUGCGUAAUAAUCCCGCUCAUUAUAAGCUCAAGAACUGCUCUGCCGUCGAAGGAAAGCUUUCUGCGGAACGGAGACUAGAGAGUAUCUGUGUGCGCGAUCUGCAGCUACUGAAUAGCCACGAGCUUGUGGUAAUGGCGGAAGAUCAAAAGCGACUUGAUUCAACUGAUUAUGGAAGAGCGAUGGCUAAAUUCUAUAUAAAGUACCAAACUGCUGUUACCGCCUUACAGAUGAAACCGAAAGCAACACUUAGAAACGUGUUAGAGACUCUCUGUAAAGCCGAAGAGUUUUCCAACUUGCGGUUUCACUCUGAUAAAGGGCACCUAAAUGCUUUAAAUAAAAACCCUUCUAUGCGAUUCCCCAUAAAGGGGAAAGUGGUCAAUGUCGAGCACAAAGUGAAUAUUCUUAUUCAAUGCGCACUCGGCUCGAUUCCGUUUACGGAACAGAAGACGGCACAAUCUCUUACUCUAGAAACCAGCGGAAUAAUGCAAACGGCGUGCAGGAUUGCCCGAUGUAAGAAAAUUUGCCAAGUGAAGCGGGAUCUCGUAUCCCUUCGAAAUGCCAUUGAUUUAACCCGAUGCCUGGCGGCCAAAACUUGGGAGAAUUCUCCCUUGAUGCUCAAACAAAUCGAGAACAUUGGCCCGUCACUGGCAAGAAUGCUUGCAAAUGCCGGAAUAUCAACAUUCGAGAAGCUGGAGAAGACCGACCCUCGGCAUCUGGAAUUUACUGUAAACCGCAACCCGCCAUUCGGUAACAAGGUUCUUGAGUCGGCAGCUACCUUCCCUCGCUUUAAAUUAGAGAUCUCGCAAUUCAAAGACCUGUCACGACCGACCGAGGUCGAGCUCUACGUCAACGCUGGCCUUACAAAUGGUGCCAAUGUCCGAACAUAUGGGAAACGUGGGCAAUCUUCCGCGACCUUUAUUGCCGGAACUUCCGAUGAUAUGUUUAUUGACUAUCGCCGCUUUACGAUAAAAAAGCUGCAAGAGGGCCAGUCAUUUCGUGUUAAGGUCCAGCUAACUAGCCCCAACCAGCGGAUUAUUUGUUCCCUUCUUAGUGAAGAUAUUGUCGGUUUGGAUCUGAAUGAGGAGAUAACACCUGACGUGAAGCCAAUCCACUUUCGUAAUCUGCGUCAGUCGCAAGCCGGUGUAGAUCGCCUGAAGCAGCAGAAUUCUGCUUACCCUCAAACACGCCCGUUAAGUCGUCCUAUAGGGAGUGACGACAACAACUCCCGGUUAUCUCGUGAUGGAUCGGAGGCUGUUGCGUUGACUGAAAGCACCAACAUUGCAGCAGCGGCAGCAGCAUCCGGGCCCAGCUCCAAGUCCACUGGGUUCCGUACCCAAGAAAGUUUGUAUGACCAUAUUCUGGACGACGACGACUUUGAUUUCGAUGAGAGCAAUAUUCCACCGCUUCCAUCCCCAUUGAGGCAAGAAACGUCGUCUGGAGCCAACACAGCAGGAGACGCCGCUCGAAAACACACAACUAAUUAUGACAGCGGCGUCGUUCGUCGCCGCGACGGUUCUCUUGUAUUUGAGCCAGACUCACCGUCCCCUAGCAGGAAAAGCCCUAAUACCCAAUAUAGACAGAAGACACAAGAUUCAAACCUGCCCCUGGGGAACGUGCCAUGUGCUCACAAAUGCAAGAAUAAACAGAGUUGCACGCAUAAAUGCUGCAAAAUUGGUGUACCAGCGAAGACGGCAAAAAAGCGUAAGAUGCAGUCAGCAGAGGGUCCCAACCACAAAAGUCCACGGUCCCCGCAAGAGAUACAGAUUGACAUCGAUACUAAUAAAGACUAUGGACACCAGUUGCGCAGACAUCGACCGAUCGUCGGACUCCCAUCUCAGAAGAAUUAUGAUUCGUUGAACGAAUCGGACGAGGACGUGCCGCUGCCGAGAUCAAAGGAUGUCUUUAAAUCCCAGGCUCCGCAAACGAGUAAACCAUGGCACAAUAAAGAGCAGAAAGCUGUGAGCGCUUCCGUCAUCAACCAGGAUGUCAUGAAGCCGAAGCUGCCAAGGGGCAGUACAACUACGGGCAUGAUGUUUCUGGAUAUUGAGGCAGAUGAUGACGAAACAAGUGUUUCCCAAUCAAAUGAGUCCGAGAUUGAAGGCGAGUUUGAUGGCUGGCUUGUGGCCGAUGAUGAGUUGGAGGAAGAUUAUUAUGUUGAUGGCAGCCCAGUAGAAAACGCUAUGAGGAGUGGAGCCACAUCUGGGAAGGGCACGGCGCUCUUCCGAGAAGAAGAUGAUCAUGAUUUAGAUAAUAUCAGUCAGACACCAUCAAAGAGACGGAAGUUGGUCAAACGAUCUAAUGUUGUUGAUUCUAGUGAGGAUGAAGGUUUCGUUGUCAGCCAAAGUGGAAAGGCAAGCAAGGCAAUGGUACCGGCAAGCGGUCAAGUAAGCUGCAAAAGUGAUUCAUUGCAAUCAUCCCAAGUAGAUUCCAAAUCCCGCCGUCUUCUGGCCGAGUAUUCUUUCAAACCAGCUUUACCGCGAAGCGGCGACAUGCGUACGCAACUAGGUCCGUUGAACAAACAGCAUAGUCGGAUAACACAAAGUAGCACUAUACCAGCCAGAUUGUCGAAAAGUGUUGGAGAGGGCCCACUUUCGGCAUCCCCGGACCUUGGAUUCGGAGAUGAGGAUGUGUCGAGUUCUCCCAGUGCUGGCCAGAGAGGUUUCGAUAGCGAUCUUAUGGGUGAUGACCUACGUGAAAGCCACAAACAGGACCAAUUUGUAGCCCACCACUCGUUGUCUAAGGCAUUGGAGGAUGGCCAAAGCUCAUCAAGCGCUGCAAAGGUUUUCGGCAACUCGAUAUUUGAUGUUACUCGACAUGAUCUCGAGCAACUUGACAAUGCCAACAGUCGCACCGUACUGGGACGUCCAGCCUCUACAAAUAGGUCAACUGAGCAUCAAAAGAACCGGAAUCACGCGAAAGUAUUCUCUGAGGCUCGAGAAAGUUUGAGCUCUUGGAUUACUAGUCUCAGAGUGGAAGAUUUUGCCGAACCCCUUCCCAAGACACAACAGUCUGGCCAAGUAGAGCAGCAGGUUGAAAGUGGUUCUGUGUCCCAAUCGGUUGCACCGUCUCUCGGCGUAGCGGCUGUCUCUAUGUCACAACUACCGAGGUGAGCGC